GUGAAUUUGCGCUCGCCGUUUUAGAAAGUGAACCGGAGCCGGACCCGGAGUCAUUUCUGUCCGUAAAACUCUGCGGGUCGGUGUCUCUUCUCGAAUCUCGUUGGGCGAUAUUUCGCGAGGCGCGACUUUGUCCGGAAACUUUCUGGCAAAGUUUUUGUUCAAGUGUUCGAAUAACAAAAAUUUUCUUGGUGGAUUUGGGAUUUUAAGUUUUCAGUGAGAAGAGGAUUUUUGGAGAAAAAGAUUUUCAGUGUUCUAGUGAAGUGUCUAGAGUCCAAACUGGCAUGUGAUUGAACUAUUUCUUGAGCUAUCCGAGAAACUUUACAAUGGAGACCGAAGAACUAAUAAAAUUGGUCGAUGGGAUCUAUAAGAACAUCCUGGAUAAAUUCAAUCCGGGAGCCAGGCAAAUGAUCAACGCUGGAAAAGCAUACUUAAAGGCGCUUCACAGUGCAGCUGCUGCUUCUCGUAUGUACGUAGAUGCCAUCGGUAAAUUAGCCAAACAAGCUCAACAAGGAACAUGGGGUGGAUCAUCAGACAUAGGUGCUGCUUUAAUGAGAGUCGUGGAAGUCUACAAGGAUAUUCAGGAUCAACAAAUGAAUAUACUCAAAGCAUUCUAUGUCGAUCUGCUAGUCCCUCUGGAAACCAACUUGGAGAAAGACACAAAAGUUGUUCAGUCAGAACAAAAACGAUUCCUUCAGCAACACAAACAACGAUCGGAGACGUACAGUAAGGCAGCGGCCAUGAUGAAAAAACAACGGAAAAAGUCAAGAGGCUCAACAAAAGCUGGCCUGGCAAUGGACAAGGAACUUAAGAACAUGCAAGUUUUAGAAGAAGAAAAAACAAAACUAGACGCAUUUUGUGAACAAAGUCUGAAAAACGCUAUGACUCAAGAAAGACGCCGAUACGGCUUCGUACUGGAAAGACAAUGCUCACUGGCCAAACAUUACCUCUCAUAUCACGCCCAUGGAACUGAAACUUACACCCAAAACAUCGAGAAAUGGUCUGACGUGGCUAAAACUAGAGAAUACUUACCGGAAUCCGUAGAAACUAUUUUCAGCAAUAGGAUAAGGCAAAUUUCCGUUUGGCAAGACGAAGACCUCUACUCCAACCCCAGAAGUCCCAACCUUGAAGAAGACAGAAUGAGUUUGAACUCGCAACUUCGAAAAACCAAAAGCAUGGACGCUUCUUGCCUGGACAUCCGCUCAAUGGCUGAAGUCGGCUCGCCCGUUAACACUCUAUCCAGAGCAAAAUCCGAAUACAACUUGAACUCGAACAAUAAUGGUGCUCAAGAUAACUCGCACACUCCGAUGCGUCGUCCCAAGUCCAUGGCAGUACCGCCGCCACCUGCCUGGGAAGCUCAACUUGCACGAGCUCUUUAUGCUUAUCUGUCUAGCGGAGAGAAUCAGCUCAGUUUUCAUGAAGGCGAUUUGAUUGCUUUGAUUGGAGAAAGGAAUAAGGGAUGGCAAUUUGGGGAGAAUUUGAGGACUCAGUGUAGCGGAUGGUUUCCUUUAGCUUAUACUGAGAUUUUGAUUGAUGAUACUAUAAGUUCUCCAGCUCACCGUAGCGACGCAGGAUCGUCUCAGCAACAUUCGAACAGUUCAACAACUCCAACCAACAUGAUGUCUUCGACAGGUUCAGGUGCUCAAACUCCGUCUAGUGGUAGCACGCUAGAGCAACCUACUAGAAUGUUUGGUGAUACUUUGCACUUGCACAGGUCCUCAAAUAACGCUACCAAGCAGAUUCGGAGAGCGAUCGGUUCUAACAAUAUCCCUCCACCAGCAGCACCAGCACCCGUCCCCACUCCAUCCUUACCCUACCAAAAAGGCACAGGCAUUCCGCAGUCACAAAGCACCAAUUUCGGUACCACCAAGUCAGUUUUGGAUGCUAAUGGUACUUAUCAGUCCAGUCAAUACUCAGCUCCAGGCAUAAAAACUUCAGCUUCGGCAUUCAAUUUUUCGACAACAGCAGCUACAACAGGACCGUACUCCACGCAUCCAGCUCCUGCUAGAGAACGGCCCACUGCCGGGUCCGGAUUACCGUUGCAUCUGCAAAGUAAAAGUGGCAAAAUCGGUGGUCCAGUUGGUAACGUUUCUUUACACUCCAGCAACGAUUCCGGAUUCUCAAACGAUCCUCCUCCGCAACCCGAAAUCGAUUAUUCCGAUGACGAUUCGAUUGCUGGACAAACCAAAUUACCAAAUCGUAAAUCCCGUAAAGACCAUCAACGCCCACCCACCAACGAUCCAAACAACAACCAGGUCCGUUCACCUAAAACUCCACAGUCACGUCAUCGUUUAUCCAAUAGUCAUGGAAAUUUGAUAGAAAACCGUUACUUGACCUCUGAAGAAACAGAGGCUUCGAAAGUGAAGGUCAAACGUACAAAGUCAUUUUGGAAAUUUGGCAAAAAUAAUUCAGACACGGAGAUUUUAGAAGGGAUGGCUCUAUGGAGACAUAGAGAUUUGGUUGAUUUGACCGAUGAGGAUAUUAAAAAUAAAAUUAACAGUCAGCAAAGAGUGAGAAAGCCUAGUAGAGACCAAUCAAAUGACUCAGACAAAACAAUUAAUAACAAUAAUGUUAACAACAAUAUAAAUAAUAGAGAAACUAUUGAAAAACCAUUAUCUAGAAAAGCUUUAGUGAAGCCACGAGAAAGCUUCAAAAAAGACCCUCCAACCAAACUAAGCCUUCCACCAAGAAGAGAAAUAGAAAACAAACCCCCUGAUGAUGAUUUCGAUGAUAUCUAUGGAGAAACUCACAAAAACAACUACAUAGAUCAAUUCUUAGAUGACGAUGGAGAUGGUUUAAUGCUAAAAACAGUAAACAGAAAAAAUAUCCUGCAACAAUACAGUGACGAUUUGACUGCAGGAGAGUCAGACUCCCAAUCAGAAAUCACAACUAACAGUGACGAUCCUUAUGAUUGUAUUGUGGUCGAUGAUCAAAAAGUUCGAAAGCCUAAUGUUGCCGAAAUCGGUAAGAAACUGGAAAAAUUGUCUAAGAGCAGCAAAUAUUCUCCAAAUAAGUCUAAUAAUAAUAUGAACAAUAAUCAAGUGAGGAGUAGCAUUAGAGAAAAAAAUGAAGUAAAUGUUAGAAGGAGCAAGUCAAGAGAAAAAGAAGUAAUCGAAUAUCAUCAAGAACAAAGACGCUCUUUUAGGACUUUUGGUGUCGACAGUGAAAAUGGCGAAAAAGAACGAUUUGAUGACAGUUAUUAUAAUGCAGAAAUAAAAAACAAUAACAAAAAAAGUGUCGAUAAUAAACGAGAAAGAAGUAAACCCAGCUACGAAAGUAUCAACGGCGAAAUAAAUAAUACUAAUAAAAAGAAUGAAGAAAAAUCCAAAAGAAGAAACAAAUAUUACGAUUCAACCCAAGACGAACUGUCAGAUGUAGGCGAUAACAGACAGUUUCUACCAAGAACAAAAUUAUCCAAAACAAACAGUGGAGGUUCAAAGUAUGACGAAACUCACAGCAGUCUGAUGGAGUACGGAGAAACCUUACAGAGACGCCUCAAAAAUCCCGAGUACAACUCAAAAUAUGACGAAAAAUCGAACCAGAACGGCAACAUGUACGGACCGUGGUACGACUUGUGGGGGUUGGACGCUUCGGCCAAAAAGUAGCUUUGCUUGUUUUACUAAUAAUAUUUGCUUUAGGAUUAGGAUUUACUAACAAUUUUAAUGAUUAUUUUCAGAUCCUGUAAUUCGAAUUUUGCCACGAUUAAAGCUCGGAAACCUAGCGCCAGCGCUGACAGAAGCUCACUAAUUCUCGAAUAAGAAUAUUAUUUGUCUGGCAAUUAUUCAUAAUGCUUUGUUUAACAUUAACUUAAAGCUUAUUUAACCCUUCUUUGUUUCUGUGCAUUUUUUAUUAUUUUUCUGUAAAUAUAUUUCAAAUAUCUUUCUGGUGGUUGGGAAAGGUGCAAUAAUCAGUUUUCGAUCCAUAUUAGGAGGAAUUUUCAAUAACUAUUUUUAUGUAUAUAUUAUGUAAUAUUGUUUUUUAGUUAGAAAUUUUGUUAUCCAGUGUCAAAAGUAAAAAUCCUUGAUCUAUCAUCUACCCGUCAUAUACAAGGACUUUUAAAAAAGAACUGUGAUAUAAACGAAAAUUUAGCAUUAUAUAUUAUAUAGAAAGUAAGGCUUUUGUGACAAUGUUUUUAUUUUGUUUGGCAUAAUCAAAAUUAAGUAAUAAUGGGAAGUCCCCUGUAUAAUAUUACAAUAUAAUUUUUUAGCUCAGAUAUUUUGUAUAGAUUUAAUAUAAUAUAUAAUAAUCUAAUAUUAUACUCCAAAGUCACCUUGUAUAAUUGCACCAUAUCUAAGAUUAGUAUAAAAUGAAAAACUAUUAAUAGGUAAUACAAGGGUUGCUCCCCUAUAAAAUACCACAUUAAAUUAUAUACCUACCGUCCAAUAUACGGAUAUUAUAAACAAUUUUUUAUAUUAUUUUGUAAUCUAUAAUUAUAUAAAAUAUUUACACAAAUUGUAACAACAUUUUUAGCUUUACUAUAGGAAUAUUAUUAUUGUAAAGAUGUUUAUUGUUAAAUGUAUAACGUACCACUACUAUAAUGCCAACACCGUAUAUACAGGGAGGUUAAAGUUUUUUUUAACUGAUUUUUUUAUGCCCUGUAUAUACAUUAUAUUGUUUUGUAUAGGUGUAUUAAAUAACGUUUAUUGUUAUAUUUCUGUAUAUCAACUUUAUAUUAUUUAAAUAAACGGUUUUGUUGUUUAU